AUGGCAGCACCUCCAAAAUCACCCACAUUCAUAGAGUUCAUCGCCUUCCGCCUGAAGCCAUCCGUGAAACCCGAGGAAGGUGAGAGUAACCGCGAGGGCGAACAGCUGCUCGACUUUUUCCGGGAGACGAUGCUGCAGAGUGGGCAUUUGGGGUCUGCCUGGGGACGGACGUUGGAGGAUGAGAAUGUUGUAAUUUGGGUUAUUGAAUGGUCUGAUUCAAGCAACUCCACGCCCCUCUCACGCCUCGACCCCUUCAUCGACUACACCAACAAAGACGACCCAACAACCCUCCUCACAUUCUACUCCACCCUAUCCCCCUCCAUCUCCGAAUCAGAUACUCUAACCACCAACCCCAUCACUGAGCUAGUCACCUUCGCCGUACCCAGCGACGUCACACCCGAACAAAAAAAGCAAUUCAACAACGCCCAGGUGCAAUUUAGAGACGCAUUAAUGAAAAAAGCCACGCCCGAAAGUGUGAGACCGCUUACCUGGGCGAGGGGGCAGAUUGAGAGACCUUCUGCGUUUGAUCAUCCGGAUAGUCCGUCGGGGAAGGCGUUGGUGUAUUUGAAUGUUGUGGGUUGGCAGAGUCGGGAGCAGCAUAUGCAGGCUAGAGACACGAAGGCGUUUGCGGAGACGAUUGAGCCUCUCAGGAAACAUGUUCUUAUGCCUGUCAAGGGGUUAAGUAUGAAGCAUGUCAAGUUUCACAAGAUUGGUUUUUAG